AUGUCGGAAUCUGGCCCAACCAUCCACGCCAUUCGCUACGAGGAAACCCUCCCUAUGGCAGCCCCUUCCACGAUCAGGUCCAGCUCGUUAUCUGGCCCCGCCGGCAACCCCCCUCUCUAUCUAGAGAGCAGGUCGAUUAGCACGAGCGCUUCGUCCAACGGUUCUCGAGUUCCUUCGCCGCUAUCCUAUCAGCAUGCGUCGCGACUGGCUCCGUCUACCCCUAUGGCCCAGGAAGGUAGAUCACGGUCGGAAGGUGACCACCCGGGGCUUGUGAGCCUACAAUCGCUGCGCAGCAUCCCUAGUAUUGUUGUCAACGACCCCAGUUCCCGUCCAAGCUCUCGUCCCGGUUCUCGUCCUGGUUCGCGGUGGUCGGAGCGAUGGGGCGGUCUACGGAGCAAAAGGUCCAUGGAGUUUGAAAGAAAAGCAGAGUCUCCUCCACCAGUGCCUCAGCUAGAUUCAAGAUUUAGUGGGAUCCCUCUUAGUAUCCCAACGGCAUCUCUCGAUGGCCUUGGGGAUCAAUCCAUGAGGUUCUCCAAGCGUGGAAGUCUGAUCAAGGACGAAAACCAGCAAGAACAGCAAAAACAACAGCCACAGCCACAGCAACCACCACAAUCACCACCACAAUCUCAACAAGAGCAACAAAAACAACAACCGCCCCCACCAUCCCCACCAUCGUCACCGCCAGAGAAGAACCAACACGAAAAAGGAGACGAAGGGAACCAACCACAACAAAAACCAGAACAAGCACAAGAGGAGGAACAAAAGGUUACAACGCCACCACCUAGCGCCUCAACGGAGCAUACCGAUCCAGGCGCUUGCGUCACAGCAACAAGGAGGCCAAACCCACCGACAUCGCUCCGUGUUAGAACAACCAGUAUCCCAAGUAGGGCAAUCUCUGCGGACGAGGAUAUGCUGUCGCGGCGCGUUAGGCUCAUGUAUGAGAAAGGAGAAGAGAACGUGACGGAUUCGGAAGUAGCAAGGUCUAUUGCUUUGGAAAAUGGCGUGUUGUGGGAAGAGCCAGUACCAGUACCCACGAGCACUAAUACAUCAGCUAUCUCUGGUCCAGGUGCGGGUGGGGCUGAAACCAGGAGCAUUUCGUCAUCAGUCGUUGACAGUCAAUCUUUCAAAAGAGAAGCCAAUGAGCUAGCAGGUGGGAUUGAGUAUUGGCAGAAUGUUGGGGCAGGGGAUGUCGAUAGAUAUGGUUUCAUCCGUCGCCCUACUACAAAUUCCUCCGAUGGCAUGGAGCCUAAUCCGAUACAACGGGUUUCUACGAGUCUUCUCCUUGCAUCCGAGUCACCACGGCGGAAACACUCAGUUCGACCGACAUCGUCAAGUAAUCGCUCCUUUGCGGGCCGAUCUCCUACACGAAAGCUUUCCGAGCCCGCGGUGGCUCGCCCGUCUUCGUCGCAGAGCACCCACAGUGCGAUUCUACGCCGGUCGACCUCUCGGUUCCGCCAAGCUGCCAAUCACCUCCCUCACAAUAGGGAUCGCAAGUUCAAGGACGAGGCUGCCGAUAUGCUGACACUUCCAACCAACAUGGUCAAUGCUGGAGUAGAUGGUCCAAUGACACGCGCCAUGAAGAAAAAAGAAUGGGAACGUGAAGACAAGUGGACUAAAAUGGCCCGUCCUUCGACAAGGGGCAAGAUUGGGGGUGGAAUGAGGUUUGAGUUCGACACACAAAGCUCCAAGCUGAUUGAGCGCACGUGGAAGGGUAUUCCGGAUCGAUGGCGGGCAACCGCCUGGUUCGCCUUUCUUGAGGCGAGUGCUAAAAAGGAUCCUGAAAGCCCUGCGGAAGAGGAUCUCAUCUCAGCCUACAACGAAUUCCAGUUCAUGUCGUCGCCGGAUGAUGUGCAAAUAGAUAUCGACGUUCCGCGGACCAUUACCAGCCACAUCAUGUUUCGCAGGCGCUAUCGGGGCGGUCAAAGACUCCUAUUCCGCGUGCUUCAUGCAAUGUCCUUGUACUUCCCGGAUACUGGAUACGUCCAGGGCAUGGCGGCGCUUGCUGCAACGCUUCUUGCGUACUACGAUGAAGAGAACGCGUUUAUCAUGCUCGUCCGGCUGUGGCAGCUACGGGGUCUGGAAAGACUUUACCAAUCAGGGUUUGCUGGCCUUAUGGAGGCCCUCAGUGACUUCGAACGAGAGUGGCUAGAAAGGGGAGAGGUUGCUGCGAAGCUGAACGAGAUCGGAGUCCCGCCUACUGCUUACGGAACUCGCUGGUACCUGACUUUAUUCAACUACUCGAUUCCAUUCCCGGCACAGCUUCGGGUGUGGGACGUGUUCAUGCUUCUUGGAGAUGCAGGAGAUGUAGCUUCGCCCGAGCCUAGCAUGGAUGGCGUUCCCCCAACGAGACCAUUUGGCCGGGGUCUGGAUGUCCUCCAUGCCAGCUCCGCGGCGUUGAUCGAUGGUAUGCGAGACAUCAUUCUCGACUCGGAUUUUGAGAACGCAAUGAAAGUCCUCACCAGCUGGGUUCCGAUCAAGGAUGUGGAACUAUUCAUGCGUGUCGCCAAAGCAGAAUGGAAAGUCCACCGGCGAAAAAGGAACUAG